AUGUCUUCUUCCAAUAUCACUGGUGGACAUGACCAGGAUACAGAGUUUCCUACUACAGGAGAGCUUCUCCGGGACGGGAACAAUGUUGUCGGAGAGGAUCCCUGGGAUCGUCACCUCCCUGGUCUUCUCGACUCGCUAGAGCGUCUCGAGCGGUCGAAGAUCGAGGGUGAAGAAUAUGUCCGCAACAUGCUGCUCUCGAUCAAGGAUACUCCGGAGUUUCUUGACUUCCUUGAACGUCUGAACCCAACACUGCGCAAUAAGGUGAAGGACUUCAUGGCCGGGAAGUCGGCCGAGGAGGUAGCGGGGGAUGACUUUAUCCCGCCUUUGGGAGCUACGCGUCCUUUGUUCUCUGCGGAGGUGCUGAGGGAAGCCCAGAAAUCGGGAUCCAUGACGGUGAUAGGAGUCGAGGAUGGAGGGGAGAAGAUGACAAUUCUUACCGAUGUGGAUUUCGACAACUGGGGCAGCACCGUCAGCAACAUUCCGAGCAUCACCUGCAUCCCCACCAAAGUCACCGAGGUGCAGCAAAUCGUCAAGAUGGCCAAACAGCAGUGCAAGCGUGUCCGAGCUGCCGGGUUCCGACACACAUGGUCGAAUAUGUACUCUGAUAAUGGCGACAUACUCGUUUCCUUGCUUAGCCUCGAAAUUGCGACGGGUUCAUCUGCGGAGAUCACUGCGGACGCGAUCGAUGGAAAGCCGACCGACUUCAACCAGAUUGAGAUACCUCAGACAUAUACAGCAGCAUCAGAUGGCGAUAAGAUGCUGGUGCGAGUUGGCGCCGCUGUCAGUAAUGAAGCGUUCCGGAGGUGGUCAUUGAAGAGUGGAUGGUCAUUGCCCAUUAAUGUCAUCAUGGUAGAAAUUACGGCCGGUGGCGCCAAUGCCCCCAUCUGCCACGGUGCCGGAAUUACACACGAUACACUCAGCGACCUUGUUCGGCAGAUUGAAUACGUGGACGCCAAUGGGGACGUUCAAGCUAUUUCUGAUCCACAGCAGCUUAAGGCUGCAGCUGGCGCGUUUGGUCUUCUAGGAAUUGUUACUCACAUCACCCUCGAGCUUGACAAAAUGACCUACGCAAAUCUUGCGCCCGAGAAGGUGGCGGUUCAAUCUGCCAUCCCUCCUCCGCUGGGUUACAAGAUCCCCGAGGGCAUCAGCUACAAUCUCUCAGAAGACCAAAGAGAGACCGCUGAGUCUGCUUUUAUCGAGAAGGCUAAGUCUUUCUAUUCUGAGUGGUUCUGGUAUCCGUACAAUCCCCGUGUAUGGGUUAAUUGCUGGAACAAUACUACGGAGACGAAGGGUUCGGUGGAAUACCCGAGUCCGGCUGGUACCAUUCUGCAGUGGUUGGAGAGCUCGGCUGCAGAUGUUCUUAACUCGAUGCCGUGGUUCACGAGCCAGCCCGGAUGGCAGCAAGGAGUACUCAAUGGUGGAAGCGCCAUGGCCCUCAUGCCACCACCCUUCGGUCUCUUCAAGAAGACGCUUAAAACAGCUCUCAUUAACGGUCUCCACUUCAGACGCGGGAUCCAAAACUUCCACGUCCGAUGUUUCGAACUGAGCAUCCCGAUCCCCGCUUCCUCGACCGAUCCCGAGGAGCCUGACUGGAGCAUUGUCCAGCGCGCCUGGUGGGAUGCGUUGACCGUUACACAGGAGGACAAGUUGCAAACCGGCGCGCUACGUAUCGUCCUCGAGCUACGUAUUAUGCGCUCCAGCGAGAUUAUCAUGGCCCCGCAGGGCGGGAAUAGGUGGACGGCAUGCAUCGAGGUCAUUAGCAAUCUUGCAGCCGGGAACGACGGCAGUUGGGAGCCGUUUAUCCAAAAGCUCGCUGAUGCUUGGAGCGCGUACAAAACACCUGAUGGUAAACCGCUUAACGUUAGACCACAUUGGGCCAAAGAAUGGGAGGACACUACCAUCGGUGGUAUGGAAAUGAAGCAGCACCUAAAGGAGGUGGCUUAUGACACUCAAAUCCCGCAAUUCAAGGAGGUCCUUACGACAAUUGGAACUGCGCAAGGAUGGGGACUUGAUGAUCUCCGCAAGACAUUCUCAAACCCCCUCUUGGACUACCUGUACUUCGAAUAG